AUGAGAACGAGCAGAGCAGUGUUCGCAGCAAAAUUCGUUAACUUCGACCGGUCAGGGCCGGGGAACACGGAAAACGUGCAGAUAGACGUGCAGAAAUGGAAUGAAAUCACCGCGACAGAGGGAGUGCAGCGGAAGGACAGCCAAGUAGGAAGCGAAGGCAAGAUGAUGGAGGACUGUGCCGGACUGAGAGCCUUCAUGAUGCCAUGGAGACAUGAUGAGGUCGCGUUGCGGGGUUUUACUGUACAAAGCUUUGGUUUUGUCCACUUUGGGUGCUGGGACAGUGCGUAG